AUGACUUCACUCGUAAGACCAAACCAAUCUUCCCUCGGUGCAACAGCGCUGGCUGUAACUUGGGCAGAAUGUGGGCUCGGUACUGUUGCUUUUGCGCUGAGGGUCUACACAAACGGAUGGAUCACGAAGCGCUGGAAAUCGGAUUUUUGGUGGUGCUUAACUACCUAUCUACUCGCCAUUUUCGCAACCGUCUUUCUAACCAUUUUGGUGAGCUACGGGCUUGGUGAACAUCUAGCGACUCUCCUCGCAGAUUCUCCUCAAACUAUUGUCAAGAACGAACUCUAUCAAUGGAUUUUCACCACCUUUGUUACCAUCGCAAUUUCCACCGGCAAACUCGCAACCAUCUCUUUAAUCUUGCAGAUUGAAGGAUCCGCUGUCCAUGGAACACGCAGAUGGGUCCUGUGGAUUUUCGCCGGGAGCAAUGUGGUUGUGAAUGUCAUCGUUCUUCCUAUCAUUUGGGUUCAAUGUACGCCCACGGCGAAGUUAUGGGAUGAGUCUAUUCCUGGCAGCUGCACUGGCCGUGCUAGGAAUCAGAUGUAUGGGUAUUUUCAAGGGAGCUUUGGUGCUUUCUUGGACCUGGCUAUAGCUAUAUACCCAAUCUUUAUCUUUUGGAACCCUAAGAUGCAGCUUCACGUUAAAAUUGGGCUCAUGACCCUGUUUGGCUUUGGUGUUGUUGCUGCCGUUUGUGCAUCUAUUAAGACCAGAGAACUGAGUACGCUCACCGCAACUUCAGACAUUACUUUCCAACUCGCAAGUCUAAAUAUAUGGGCCGCAACUGAGAUGUGGGUAAUCUUCAUCGUAGCCUGCAUUCCCGCAAUCCGCCCAUUCUUCGUCAAAGUAUUCCACAUCGUCUACGCCAGCGGGAGCAUCGGAGCGGGUUAUAUCCAACGAUCCGACACGAACACCAGGCUCAGUGGCACCGGAGCCGUCCGCUCUCGCGCCUUCGCUUCCGCGACAAAAACGUCGAAAGGAAUGAACUUGAGGAAUGAUAGCGAGGAGAAUAUACUGCCGAACCAGCAGGGGAUUAUGAUGACGAACCAUUUUAGUGUGAAGUAUGAUUUGAAUGAUGCGGGCAAGAAGAAUUUAAGUCGGACGCAUUUUGAAGGAGUGUAG